CGGCGGUGGCCGAAUCGCUGCGCCGUGCGGGUCCAUGUGCAUUUGCCUCAGAGCCUCCCCAGAAGGGGCCUAAGACCCCCUGGGGUACUGGUGGUCUAACUGGAAGCCGGAAGAAGCUAUGCUUGCCUGCCACAUUCACUUUCAGCGAAUCGAUGCCGUGGUUCUCCUGUGUUUUGGGGGCGUACGCCACCAAUCGAGCCACUGUGUGUUGCUGUGGGUGAAGAAGGGAGGGCGGAGAGGGUCUCCCUGCUGUGGUAAGCUGAGGUCUCUGUGUAGCAUAUGAACUUAUAAAGUUUAUUUCUUUCUAUAAAGUGUAUUUCUUCUCCUCAGGUGUCUAGGAAGUAUAAAGUUUAUUUCUUCUUAUAAAGUUUAUUUCUUCUCCUCAGGUGUCUAGAAAGUCAACCACGCAUGCGGCUCUUCUGUCGUCCUUCGCCGAUCCUUGCCCCUUUUGUCUCUUCUCGUCAGGUGUCUGGUACAGUAGCGCCCGUGUGCAGGAGGUCAUGCCGUGCGCGCGUUUGUUGGUUCCGCAAGGAACAGCAUACUUUUGUCGAUAGUGGUGGUAGUCUAGAUCUACCAUAUCCCUUGACGCAAGCUUUGCCAGUCCUUUCAGUUUUCCUGUUCCCCACAGCGCUUGCCGGCGGGCUGAGUAGCAUAUCUCUGGGCAAUACCAAGUGCGGCACCGUCAUCGAAUCUGCCAGCCAAUGGUUGCACAGCGAGUAGCCAGCCAGCUUUGUGAAUGGCAACAAUGUACGUUGUUGCUGCCGGGGUUAAUGUACCGGAUUUAAAGUGAGGAGCUACUCGAUGAAACAGGAAGCAUGCACAUGAUGUGCGAAAGACUGCAACUGCAGUAGGCAGUGAAGCGUAGGAGUCGUCGGUAGAUCAGCUAAGCUUACUUAUAUGUGGCAGGCAGGAGAAGGACCUGGUGUGGUUGUUGCAGUGAUGCAAACUGCCAGGAUGGAUGACAUUGGAUGUGCAAAAAGUGAUACUCUCUCAGUACAUGCUCAGUGGACUAGUACCAUUCCUUUCUUCUCUCUCUCUCUCUCUCUCUCUCUUGCUCUCGCUGUGUCUCAUUUCUCCGUCUCCUCUUUCUCCUGCUCUCUCUCGUUUCUCUCUUUUGUCCCUCCUCUCUCUCUCUCUCUCUCUCUCUCUCUCUCUCUCUCUCUCUCUCUCUCUCUCUCUCUCUCUCUCUCUCUCUCUCUCUCUNCUCUCUCUCUCUCUCUCUCUCUCUCUCUCUCUCUCUCUCUCUCUCUCUAUCUCUAUCUAUCUAUCUAUCUAUCUGUGGGUGAGGUGUUGGUUGUCUUCCUUGUUCCUCUUUAUAUCUCAUAAAAGGAACUAGUAAUGUAGGAACCCUUCUUGGCUUGAUGAUGCAGAAGCUCGGCCCAUGGAUGUGGAGGUCUACGUGAGGUUUUGAUGUGUUAAGGAUUGAACUGUCGGACUGUUUUUAAAUGCUGGCGGUGAGUCUGCUGCAUCAGCCCAUGUGCGGGGUUGUCUUGGGGAAGAAGGUACAUGCAACGAGUAUGUACUACCUCCGAAGGCUGGUCAAAGGGAUGUUUCAUAGUGUAUUCAGUGCUGACUUGUAUAUCAAGCGAAUCAUCGAAGGGAUGUGUUUUAGCGUAUUCGUUGCUGACUUCAAUCUCAAGUGAUAAUUGAUAUUUAACAGACCCUUGUUCAAUAGAUCAGUGUGGCUCUCAUCCCGUUUACCUUUCCGCUCGAAUUCAGAGAGCUGCCAGCUGUACUGGUGGGUUUCUGAUGCGAGGAGAAGAUGGAUAGAAGAGUGUAGUAUAGUUUUUUUUUGAGUCGGUAGGUGGCGUAUUGUUUCACUGACAUAAGCCCUGUUGAUGUGUGGCGGUCUCUGAGUGUAACUGGAGGUGGGUAGAGAGUUUAGGGUCUUAGUCUCUUCAUGGUCACACCGACACGCCUUUGCAGUUUUUUUUUUUCGUUGUACCAUGGUGUAGAUAAAAGGCUUAUGUUUAUGUCAAGAUGUGCAAGGGGGAAGUCGAUUAAGGGCAUAUUUUCACACAGCAUUUUUCAUAUUGCAUCUGACCGGAAUUACGACCCGAUGUGGAUGAAACUGGCUGCAAUCUCGUCCAGAGGUUUGCAGAAGAAGUCCUAGUGUGUGUUCGGCAGCUUCUGAGGGUGACUCGAGGUGUGCCCAAAGUUUUGCCAUCUCUUUCCUGAGGGUGGAUCGAUUAUGCGAGCUGAUCGCUUUCAGAAAAUGCCUCUCUGAUUGGUUAUGUAAGCUGAUACUCCAGCCACCGAUUUUGCGGAAGACAGGAGCGAAUCGAUUGAUGGAUCAUGACGGAGAGACGAAGGUCGGCUAGUUUUAGAAUUUGAACCAGACUGGAAUCGUAGCAGCCCUGGGGAUUUCUGGAUGCCAUGCCAUCUCAUAUAUAGACGACAGUUGGGUGUGUUCUGCUUGUGAUCUGCUCUGUCAGAGAAACACUGAUUUAGUAUUGACAAAUAUGUAAAGGCAACAAGGUGUAGGCUCUGUCACGUCUUAAUUGCUACGUAAUCGGAAUGGAGCAUGCCCAGUGACUUUUGGACGGCGUCUAAUAGAUAACAAUUAGAUGGGUUCUGCUUGUGAUUCUGUAUGAGACAAGCACAGCGUG